AUGUCCGUCUCGACCAGUUUCAACUCAGCCCCCAUUCAUUUGGGUACCAUGAGCGCUCAUUCUCAACUGCACUCGCUUUCCCGGCAGCCACUCGCUAUGUCGGCAGCGAUGUCCAAGGACGACGGGGCUCAUGAGCCUUCGGCGUCUGGAUCUUCCAAGAAUUCGAGCAAGAACCCGUCGUCUUGGGACCCUCAAGACGACCUGUUGCUGCGCCAUUUGAAAGAGGUCAAGAAAAUGGGCUGGAAGGACAUUUCGCAAUACUUCCCCAACAGAACUCCCAACGCCUGUCAAUUUAGAUGGAGACGGUUGAAGUCUGGAAACUUGAAGUCGAACAAGACCGCCUUGAUCGACAUCAAUACCUAUUCGGGUCCACUCAAGAUCACCCACAGCAAUGGCACCGCCCACUCCCAGCAAAAACCAACGGAAAGCGCGGACGAGAAUGCCCUAGAGGAAGGUACCACCGUCCAGGUCGCCACAACGUCAUGCAUUCCGAUCCCCUCCAGAAAGACUUCCUUGCCGUCUUUCAGCGCAUCCAUGGCAUUUUCUCAAUCUCCGUCGAAUAUGACUCCUCCGGCAUUGCCCGCCGCACACCCUCACCAUCACCUGCACCACCAUCCGCACCACAAGGCUCUGAAACCAAGGUCGAACUCCCAUUCGUUCACCAAUUCUCUGAACCAGGAUCCUACAUCUCGGUCCAACGACGAGGAGAAGUACGGGUUCGUUCCUAAAGUGUUUGUUAGGUCCAGAAGAAGUUCGCUUGCAGUAACCACCACCCCAUCUUCUCCAAGUUCCUCGCAUGUGCUACUGAGCUCAAAGUCGAGGAAGGACCCGUUGGCAAAUUGGUCGAGAAGAUCUUCGUUCAACGUUUCAAGUAGCAACACUUCAAGGCGCUCUUCAGUCAUUCUAGCCCCGAACUCGGUGUCAAACAUCUUCAAUACCAGCAACAGUAGUUGCAGUAACACUGUUUCUAGUACGAACUCAAGAAGAGAGUCUGUCAUCAAGAAGGAGUUUCAGCAGAGACUAAACAAUUUAGGCAACAGUGGCGCCUCCACCCCUAGCAGCGGAACCAUUUUCCCGCCUUCCUAUACUUUUAUGGAUCUACCGCAUACUUUGACGGCGUCAUCGUCAUCCGCAUUGUAUAAGUUCAAGAGAGGUUCGUUUUCCGGGCAUUCCGUGCAAUCGUCAUCGUGGGCGAAAGAUGAAGACGUCUUGUUGAUGGAAAACGAAAAGAGAAACUUGUCUCUUAUGGAACUAUCCAUACUUCUACCACAGAGAACCGAAGUGGAGAUUCAGUGGAGAUUGAGCGUCUUGUCAAACGAUACUGAUGUGCUGCCUCAAGGAGCCCUAUCCAGGAACAACCGUCCAAGCAUGUUCAAAUCUGAAUCCUCUACUGACGAUGACAAUACACGUGAGGGCGACGACGACGACGACGACGAAGAUAACGUAGAUCCGUUGCAUCAUUCCAAGGAAUCCGGCAACAAGACCGCCCUCUCAUCAAGUAGUUCCAAUAUAUCGUCCAAGGACGUUUCGCCGGAUCCGAUCUUCUCGCCAGACCCAGCUGACGAUUCUUCGAAUACAUCAGAUACUGGUUCAAGAUUCACAAUAACCUCUGAGAUUGGUUCCUCGAAUACCACCACGAACUCCAAGAACCCACAAGAUAUCACGUUGUUAAACAACUUCCGUUCUGAGGCUAUAACUCCAAGACCAAAGACGUCCUCCACCACCACGUCCACAACUACUGAAACUACCAGCAAUACGAUAAACCAUUCCAGUUCCACAACCACUACUACAAACAACAGCCCGCUGCCCAGUAUCAACACUCUCUUUAAGGACAUGCUCUGA